UCUCUCUGGUAGCUCCUCGUAGAUCAGUGUGCCUCUCCACUACCUCGGUAGCUCUACUCCGGAGCACCAGUCUACCACUCACCUCUCUUCACCGGCCGGCCAGGGCAACAGUCUACCACUCACCUCUCGGUAGGUAGGUAGGGAGACAUGGUGACCAAGCGCCUCCAGGAAAGCGGCUCGCCGAAGCAAGCUCGUCCUGCUCCUGUCGCCACCGACAGCGCCAACGGCCCGCUGAUGCUGCUCCGUUUGCGGGAGCAGUGCUGCUGCGGCCACCCGGCUGCCUCGCCCGUCGGCCCGCUCGCGCUCACGCUCGGCGCCCCGGCGGCAACCGACGACGCCUGCCGCCGGUGCUGCUGCGCGAGCGACGCGGACGCGGACGCGCCGGCUCUGGCGCCUGGGGUUAUGCCGUCCGUGGACUCGGUGCUCCGUGGCUCCCGGUACCUGAGGCCGGUCCAGGAGCUGCUGCGCGACGCGGUCUCCGCCGUCGUCGGCGGAGACGACGACGAGAGCGCGGGAGGAGGGAGUGAAGACGAGGCGGGCCAAGAGGCGGCUCUCCGUGAGCUGCGUCUGCGGGCGGCAGCGACGAGCCGCCGCGGGAUCCUGGCCAAGAACGACGGCGGCGCCGGGGCGGUGCAAGCCAAGCUCCUCGGCCUUCUCAGCGAGCUGGAGGGCCGGCAGGAGCACUACUUCCAGGAGCUGAGCCGCGUGGCGUCGUCCUUCGAGCCGGCGCUGGGGCCCGCCGCGACGGCCGGGUACACGUCCCUCAUGUCGCGGGCCAUGACGCGCCACUUCGGCAACCUGCGCCGCGCCAUCCUCCGCAAGCUCGCCGCGGUCACAAGGCCGGCGCCGGCGCCGAGGGCGAGGCUGUGGGCGAACGAUGACAGCGAGGAGGACGAGGAGGACGACGACGAGCAAGACUACGACCCCGUGCAGACGGAGGACAUGGUGAGCAGGCUGGUCCGGCGGACGAAGCAGGCCGCGGCGGCGCGGGCGGCGGAGCAGGUGUGCAAGCCGCUGAGGGGCCUGCCGGAGGGGUCGGUGGCCGUGCUCCGGGCCUGGCUCUUCAACCAUUUCCUAGAUCCGUACCCGAGCGACAACGAGAAGCUGAGGCUGGCCGUGAGCACGGGGUUGAGCAGGAGACAGAUAUCCAACUGGUUCAUCAACGCGCGGGUGCGGCUGUGGAAGCCGAUGGUCGAGGAGAUGUACGCCGACGAGUUCUCCGCCGUCUCCUCCAGGGACGACGACGGCGGGGCGGCGUCUUCUCAAUAAGCACAUUUCCUUCCUUCCUUGGGGGCGCAAGAUUCAGUUUCAUGUGUUUCCUUUUAGGAGGAUGUGAUCUUUCUUGUUGCUUCAGUUCCAUGUGUUUUGGGUCUACUGGUGAUUCAUGGGACUGCUCAUCAUGUUGCAGUUAGUAUAAUCAUUAGGUAGUGAAGCUUGAGUGAGUAUCAGGCGAUCAUUUGGUCUAUGAUGGUUCAAUUCGAGGACCGGUGUAUCACCACGGCACGUACCCUAUUUGAUGAACCCUUUUGCUCCCAAAAGAUUCUACAGCAUG